AUGGCCGUUGAGAAUUCCGAUAUUCCUUCUAUAAAAAAGACUGCAAAGUAUCUCCUUCUCCUCUACAAUGCUACCGCCUUGUGCCAGUCAAUCCUUCUCCUCCCUCUUUUUACUUUGAACUUGGAUCUUCAUAACAAGUAUAAGAUCGAUCAUGGGAAACCUAUUAUGUUUGGUUCAAGUUGUCAUUGUGUGCCUUGGAUUUUUGGAAGGCGGCUUGCUGGACAUCUCACCCUAAGGCUUCGCCAGUUGGAUGUCAAGUGCGAGACCAAAACAAAGGACAAUGUCUUUGUUAAUGUUGUAGCUUCCAUACAGUAUCGUGCUCUGGCUGAUAAGGCAAGUGAAGCAUUCUACAAACUCACCAACACAAGUACCCAAAUCCAGGCCUAUGUUUUUGAUGUUAUAAGAGCUAGUGUUCCAAAGCUUAACCUUGAUGAUGUUUUUGAGCAAAAGAAUGAAAUUGCCAAGGCUGUUGAUCGUGAACUUGAAAAGGCAAUGUCUGCAUACGGGUUUGAGAUUGUUCAAACAUUGAUUGUCGAUAUAGAACCAGAUGAACGUGUGAAGAAAGCAAUGAAUGAGAUCAAUGCAGCUGCACGGAUGAGGUUGGCAGCUAUUGAGAAAGGUGAGGCAGAGAAGAUACUUCAGAUAAAGAGGGCUGAAGGAGAGGCUGAGUCAAAGUAUUUGUCUGGAUUGGGUAUUGCACGACAGAGACAAGCAAUUGUUGAUGGUUUAAGGGACAGUGUGUUGGGGUUUUCAGUUAAUGUUCCUGGGACAACAGCUAAAGAUGUGAUGGAUAUGGUUUUAGUGACUCAGUAUUUUGACACCAUGAAGGAAAUCGGUGCUGCAUCCAAAUCAUCUGCAGUGUUCAUCCCUCAUGGACCCGGUGCUGUUCGUGAUGUGGCCGCUCAGAUACGCGAUGGACUUCUUAUGGGGAGUGCCACCACCUCAUCCUGAUCCUGAUCAACCUGAUCUUGAUCCUGAUCCUCAACUAUGUUAAUUUCACAUAUACUUGGAGUGACAUAUAUGUACAAUAACAAUAUAUUUUUAUGUUUCCUAUGAUUGUGUUUGUAACUUUGUAUCCAUGGAUUUUUGUAUAUUUGUGUGUUUAUGUAUAUUUGCCGCAUUAGGUGGUUUGUAGAUAUCGGUUUCAAUUCAAUUUCCCAUUUAGUUU